ACGCGAAUCAUCCUUCUUCCGUCACCAGACAGACGGUAGAGAGUCGAACAAUCGCCGGCUCGACGCCCCUCUUCCCGACGCCGCACGCCUUCACGGUCCUCGGCCGCCGAUCUUCCAGAGCGGUUCGACACCGUGCUCGCCACGGUCGACAUCACUGCUGCCGCCGCCGCCGCCGGAAAGUUGGCAUCGUUGUCGACCUCUUUCUCCCCUUCUUCCACCCAGGAGGCAACAUGUCGUCGCUCGCCGCUGCGAGAGCGGAUAACUUCUACUAUCCGCCGGAAUGGAGCCCCAAGAAGGGUGGGCUGAACAAGUUCCAUGGCCAGCAUGCGCUCAGGGAGCGAGCGAGGAAGCUCGACCAGGGCAUCCUGAUUAUAAGGUUUGAGAUGCCUUUUAACAUUUGGUGUGGUGGAUGCAAUUCCAUGAUAGCGAAGGGAGUAAGAUUUAAUGCUGAGAAGAAACAAGUUGGAAAUUAUUACUCUACCAAGAUAUGGAGCUUCACCAUGAAAUCGCCCUGUUGCAAGCAUGAAAUUGUCAUACAGACAGACCCAAAAAAUACUGAAUAUGUCAUAAUCAGUGGGGCCCAGAAGAAGACAGAAGAUUUUGAUGUUGAGGAUGCAGAGACAUUGCUGCUGCCAGCAGAUGAAGAUCGAGACAAGCUUGCGGAUCCUAUGUACCGGCUUGAACACCAGGAAGAGGAUCUUCGGAAGAAAAAAGAAGCUGAGCCAGUUUUAGUUCGCCUUCAGCGACUCUCGGACAGCCGGCACUCUGAUGAUUAUGCCCUGAACAGAGCACUCCGCGAUCGUCUUAGGGUCAUCCAAUGAAUUCCUAUAAAUUGAUCAACUAUUUCCACCAUAGGCCAUGCAAUGAUCACAUUUCUUAUUCACCUGUUUGUGUUUUUAUGUAGAGCCAAAAAAAGAGAGUUGCUGAAGAGAAGAAGUCCGCGAGAAAGAUAGGCCUUGGUGUGCGGCUCUUGCCUCCCUCCGCAGAAGAUGCCACCGCAGCGGCUUCAGUGAAGUUUGCAUCGAAAUUUGAGAAAAGCAGAAGGGAUAAGAGGGCCGCAAUCAAAGCUGCCUCCAUCUUUCCGGAGUCAUCAAGCUCAGCAUCACAUGGUAAACCCGACCUCGUGCUGAAGAGGCGGAACAUAAAAGCUGGAGCCGCUACAGCACUGAUGGCAGGCAGGGUGAAGCCGUCCUCGUGGCAGAGCGCCAGUUCCACGAGCUCAAGGACUCGGAUGCCUGUUCUGGCAGCACGCAAGUAGGCAGCUCGUUGCCUCAGGCUUUGUGUGGGAAAUAGGGGGCUUGUGAAAUAUGGACUUGCCCGUAAUAUUGCUAUGUUUCUUUGGUUGUACUAUACUCACAAAUAUGACGCCGUUGACUUUUUUCAAAAAUUUGACCACUCGUCUUAUUUAAAGUACUUUUUCAAAAAUGUUAAAUUUUAAAUCAAACACAAACUACCAAACAAAUAAAAAAAUAAAUAAUAACUUAUUAUUUUUUAAAUAAGACGAGUGGUAAAGUUUUUUUUUUCAAAAAAAAAGGUGUAAUAUAUUUAUGAAUGGUAGUACUUUUACGGAUUGUCUAAGGGGCGUUUGUUAAUUAGUGUUUUCAUUGUUUUC